AUGGCUGAUACAACACCUCAACUGUUCCAGACCCAACCAAGCGGCGGCGGCUCCGAGAAAGGAGGCGACGACAGCAGCAGCGUCAUCAUAUCCACCCUUCCUACGAGGGAAGGGUGGUGGGCCGCGCCGCUCUUCCGUCUGCACGGCUGCUGGCUCACGGCGCGACUCGCUAGGAGCGUCGAGCUCAUGCAAGCCGAGUUCAAGCCGCGCCCCGACGACGUCCUCCUCGCCACGUUCCCCAAGUCCGGCACCACCUGGCUCAAGGCUCUCGCCUUCGCGCUCAUCAACCACUCCCGCCAUCCGCUGCCUGACCGGACCCUCCGCCCGGUCGCGGAGCUCGAGGCGGUCCCUUCCCCGAGGCUCCUGUGCACGCAUCUCCCGCCCGCGCUGCUGCCGCCGGGCAUGUUGAUGACGAGCUCCCGCGCCGUCUACCUGUGCCGAGAGCCCAAGGACGUGUUCGUGUCCUAUUGGCACCACGUCCGGACCCUGAGCCACGAGUCCCUCGUGGAUUUCGACAAGGCCUUCGAGCUGUUCUGCGAGGGGGUCUCGGUCUGUGGGCCUGUCUGGGAGCACUACCUGGAGUACUGGAAGCUGAGCAAGAAAAACCCUAGCAGUAGCAGGGUUCUCUUCCUCAAGUACGAGGAGAUGAUGGCGCAGCCUGCCAAGCAUGUCAGGACGCUCGCCGAGUUCCUGGGCGUUCCGUUCACCGAGGAAGAGGAGAGCGGCGGAGUCGUGGAGGAAGUGGUGAGGCUGUGCAGCUUCCAGAACCUGAAGGAUCUAGCUGUGAACACGCAUGGAGUGUCCGGUCAGAUCGGUGCUGCCGUCGCUAAUCCCGUCAAGAAUUCCUUGUGGUUUCGGAGUGGCAAGGUAGGACUUAGGAGACUGGGAGAACUACCUGACGCAGGAGAUGGCACACAGGUUGGAUUGCAUCGUUCAGGAGAAACUCAAGGGGUCCGGCCUCACCUUUAUGACAGGAAAAUUUCCUGCGUUCCAAAGAGCCUAAACUAUGUUUUAAAAAACCUGUCAUUGUUAAAAAUUGUCGGUUUUUUAUGUAUCAACAUAUGUCACUACAUCCUCAUUGGGUCUCACAGGAGUGCCGUGUGUGCCUAG